AAAUUAAGUUUAUAAAUAUCGCAUAAAUUUAAAUCUCCCUACAGUUUUAGGGGUAUUAAGCCCACUUUCAAAAGCUCUCCUAAACUUUUUUAAAUUCCUUUUUUUGUGCAUUAAUAAUACAUAUUGUCAACGUAUAACUUAAUCUAUAUGAUUGAUAGAGAUCAGCAGCAGAUAAAGGGAAAUUAAGUCGUUAACUAGGUGGAUCCAAUUUUGACUAAAACUUUGUCCUCCAGUCUAUAGUUUCUCAAAGAAUAUCAUAAUUUUUAUUAUUAUUAAUUAUAUCAGCUCUUAAACCAAUCUGAAUUAUGUUCAUACGAAUUUUUAAACAUUUAUUUAAAGCAAGAAUUUAGCUCUGCGAAAUAAUAUCGAUCGGUUUGAAGUUUGAAAAAUAUGUGCAGGAGUUAUAUUUAAUAGGUUGCUAGAGCAACAACAAGCACAUGUAUAUUGUGGCAACAGGGUUUGGAGCUGCUUUUGAAACUUGGCAACGAUACAAAACGAUGUUACUUACGUAUAUAUAAAUUUAAAUACAAGCUAGCGUUACAAAAAUAUUUUCAGUACAAUAGAGAUUUCGAGAUAGAUAUAUGUAUAUUUGCUAAGCGAAAGGAGGAAGUUCUCUCUUUUUAAAGCUAAAUAUCAUGUCGCUGGUCUACAUAACACAUCACAAUGAGAACAUCUUUAAUUUGGAGCGCGAGCCCGAGAAGCCACAGGAAGCGAGCUUGGAGGUUCAUGCUACAUCCAAGAAGGCAGCCAAGUUUUCCAAGGGUCUGCGCGAUCGUCUGAGCAUGGAGUACAAGAAGCAUUCGAUGAUUACGCUUAAGGAUGGCAUGCGUCUGCUCACGGAUGCCAAGAAGUCGUAUCAUCGCACCAUGGGCUGUGCCAAUGUGCCGCUCGAUCCGCCCUGCGCUUAUCUGCGCAAGAAUCAGGGCGUCAAGUGGCGUCGCGAGAAUCUGCACGUGUGUCCCAAGAGUGCGCAUAUGCCGCCGCUGCCUGAGAUGGGCAAAAAGGAAAAGAAGGCCGAUAUGGUGCCCAAUUUUGUGCUGCGCAAUAUCAGGUGUGCACGGAGCACUGUGCGCUGUCCACCGCCGCCGCGCUACGUGGACACGCCCGUGGGCACACGCCAGAAUUUACUCAACUCGGGCAUGGUGCCGCAGUUUGUGUGCCGCAAGGACUUUGGCAAGGUGCCCGUCUACAUAGAGAAGACCAAGAAGAUGCUCAAGGAAAUGCAUGGCGUUUGCUGCAAGGAGCAGGCGCGUCUCAUGGAACUCUGCGGCGGCAUGAAGCUGUCCGAAUCAAUGGAAGCUCUCACCAAGCCGACGCGUGCCGACGGCGCACCACCCGAAAUGCCCGGCAUGCGCGUAAUGGAUCAAGCGGAACGCAACGAUAUACUUGUGGGCCUGCGCGCCCAUUUGAAUGAGAUGACCAAGAGCUAUCAGUCCAUGUCCCUGCUGAUCGACAGCGAGAAUAAGCGUCAGCGCAAGGGCAAACUGGAGAGUGAUCUGCGCCAGCUCGAGCAGGAUAUAUUGCUGCUAGAGACCAGUCCUAUUAUUUAUGUUUCACUGUAUUAACCUAUGUACUGGCACGCACACACACACACACACAUACUAAGGGGAGCACGCACGCACACACGUACACACACACACAUGCACACUUAAAAGGUACGUUCAAAUAAAAAUUUAACGGGCAUCUUCUAAAUUCCGAAACCUUAUCAACUCCGCAAAGUUUCGUACUCAAAAAAAAAAUAAAGCUGCCCAAAAAACUGCGGAAUUGAUUCGGCAUCGGAAUUUGGAAUGGCUCGCUUCAUGUUUAUGCAUCCAACA